UUGUUUUUUUGUAAUUCUUGCUUGGAAUCGCUGGUGAGACCAAUAUAUAUUGUCCAUCCCUAAUUGCCGUCAAAUCCAGUGGCUCACCUGGCCAUUUGAGGGCAGCUAAGAGUCAAUUAUAUUGCUGUGGGUCUCAAGUUACCUGUAAGCCAAACCAGAAUUUGUUAAAUAAUGCUACUGUUGGGAAAUCACGGCAUCCAACUUUCCAUUUUAAUUCAUAUCCUUGUCAGUGCAGGAAAAAACCUAGGCCUGACCAUUUCUGUGACUCCACCUGCAAUCAAAGCUUUAAAAGGACAGACAGUGAAUAUAAACUGUUCAUACCAAAGCAAAGAUGGAGAACAGCUGAGGAUAAAAUGGGGGAGAGAAGAUGGUGUACAAGAGCUUUGUGAUUAUAUUUAUAAUAAAAAUAAUACCAAGUAUACAACGUGGUGUUGUACAGAACAUAUGAAUAUCACAAUGGAUCUCUCAACAAACACAGCAUCUUUAACAAUCUUCAAUCUUCACUUAAAUGACUCCAAUAUUUACUUUUGUCAAAUUUCCAUUGAAAUACCUCCCCCUGCACUAACAGUAAAAAGUAAAGGUAUACUCCUCACGGUGGAAGCUCAGCCUACCGUCCAGUUAAUUGAGAAGACUCAUCCUGACCCUCAUGAAGUGAGAGAAUUAAUUUGCACAUCACUGGAGUUCUAUCCUGAUGACAUUCAAGUGUCCUGGUUUAAAGCUGGAGAACGAAUCACGAAUGGCAUUAAGAAUGGGGCUCUCUAUACCAACAGUGACGGUUCAUUCUCCAUCACAAGUUUCCUGAGUCUUUCUGCAUCUGAGUGGAAUAAAGGUGAAACUUACUCCUGUCAAGUGAACCACUCAACGCUGUCUGCACCUGCUGUUGAAACGAUUUGUGUUAGUAACCCAGAUGCAAGGCCUGACAUAAUUGUUGCAUGGGCAAUAGUAGUAAGACUGAUGAUCCUUGUUAUGGCAACACUGAUUGCGAUGGCAGCAUUUAAAUUAUGUUUCAGAUCUCACGAUACUGAUGAUGAAUUUGAACGACCUUGUCUCAAUCAAACAAUUAAGCUACAAACGGACCUCAUUAGAACAAAUUACGGAAAAGAACCUGGAAAUCCACAAUAGUCUAAUGUGUAAAUGAUGUUACAAUUUUGCUGUU